AUGGCAUUUCUUCGCAAGUACUAUAUGAUGCCCUUGAUGGAUCUGCACAGGAGUACUGCGCCGUCCAAGCAGAGCUACGAGAGGGAAUCUAUGCUUACGAAAGCAGCCUACGAGCAAAUGCUGGUUACCCACGACGCCGUCAUGGACCAGUUUAUGGCUCGACUCAACCAACGGACCUUGGAGUUCCAGGAAUACUGUCAGUCUGUGGGCGACCGGGAGGGUUAUCAGUUUGCGGAGACACAAGCCAGUCAAGAGCUCACGCCGCAAACCCCUCGGCAGACGAACUCGUACGUUUACGACCCGAUGAUGAUCCUGCUGUAUAGGAAGCCUGAGCCGACCGCACAACCCACGUGA